AUGAAGAUCAUCCGCACGACAUUCUGCGCCGCUCAUCUCCUGCUCAACACGUCCAUGCUGCUGACCUUCUUCGUCCGCCGCAAUUUACGAACGUCCUUCACGGUGUACAUCAUGUGUCUGCUCUUCAGUAACAUCGUUUACGCCGGUGCCGAACAUCCCUUCGAAAUUCUCUUCCAAACUUACAAAUCAUCAUGGAUGUGGCCCAGUUUAUGCGGCUUCUAUUUGUACCUGUUCUGGGUGUGGUGCGGCGUGCCCAUGCACAUCCAUAUGCUCAUCACUAUCAACCGUAUCUGGGCCAUCGCCAUGCCGCACACCUACAGAAAAUACCACACCAUGAAGAUGGCGUUUGUGCUGUGCGGAUUGACCACGUUGUAUGUGCAUACUGUGGCGUUGCCGUUGAUCGUGUUGGACCAGUGGAAGUAUGCGGUGUCCGUGAAGGAGAAAGGCUGCACGUUGAAUUUCAGUGUGGCGCUGGUGGAUGAUUAUACAACCGGGGUGCAGAUCCUGAUAUUCGAUGUGCCCAUUGUCGUGGUGGUGCUGUCCUAUCCGUUCUUGUUGUACAAGCAGACGAAGCGGAGUAAGCGUAAAUGGCUGGACGAGAUGACCAAGUCGGUGGUCAACCGGGUGCAGCCAAGCACGCGCCUUUCUGGUGGAGCUCAAUCGGGAGCCACCGAAACUGCUGUUAAUAAGGCGCCCCAAGAAAAGGCCCCAAAGAAAGAGUCAGCGCGCCCAUUCUUAGUGUUGACCUUACUGACCACCAGCGUCUUCUUGCUAUGGACCCCGAAUCAGACAUACUGGACCGUAGUGUGUUUCGUCCCGCCCACCUGGGAUGCCCAUGCCGUGCCCAUUCGUAACAUCGUCUCUGCGAUGGGCGCCUUCCAACCCGUGCUGGAUCCGGUAUUAUUUGCUCUUAGCCUGCAGAGCUUCCGUACCGGGAUUAGCCGGUUUUUCCGUGCGUGCCAAGGAAACGCAUAG